CCGUUUUAUUUCUUCCCUGGCCAAUGGAGGGACUCAAGGUAUCCAAAGCGAACUUAACUGCAUACAUUCACCCUUCCAAAACCAACCAAGUUUCCCAACCCAUUCUCCGCCAACUCAGCUCCUUGCUUUUCAAGUUCAGCGAAAUCUUCCACGGCGUCGUUUUGGCCUACGAUCUCAACUCGCUCCACACGUGCGCCAAGAUCCUCCCCGGCGUUCACCCUUACUUCGCCGUCAAACUCAAGGUCAAUCUGUUGCUCUUUUCUCCCAAACCAAACAUGCUCUUAGAAGGGAAGGUGGUUAAGGUUACGCAAGAGUCCAUUCACGUUGUUGUGCUUGGCUUUUCCUCUGCGAUUAUAACUGAGAAAGAUAUCAGGGAAGAGUUCGUGUGCAAAACGAAACGAGGGCAAGAGGUUUAUGCCAGCAGGUCUCACAAGCAGCAUGUGAUAAAGGUCGGGACCAUGAUACGGUUUUUAGUCAAGAGUUUUGAUGAAGAAAUACUUCAUGUUUAUGGAUCUCUGGUUCCCGAUCACACAGGCAGCAUUUAUUGGUUGGAUAAGAACUUGGAAGCUGAUUCCCAUGUUUACAGGAGCAAAAAGAAGAGAAGAAUUGUGCCAGAACGAAUAAUGCUAGAGCAAGAUGCUGUGGAUGGGGAACUGUCAACCUUGGACAUUGUCCAAAAGAGCAAAAAAUCAAAGAAGCAAAAGCACCAGGAGGAAUCUUGAAUGUACCUUGGACAUUUGCAUUUAGCUUUUGAAACAUUGGACAGGGAGGCAUGUCUAUAUUACCAAGGGGAUGCUUCAGCACUUAGAUGUCGAAAGGAUUCUCCAUGUUGCUUUGGAGAUAGGUGCACUUGUUUCAUUUAGAUCAUAAUUCUUUCAGAAUCUUUAUGAUGAUAAUUUACUGUAUGGUUAAGACGCCUUAGGAUGUUUUUCUGGUUGGCGUGGCAAGGCUAAAAUGCCUUGGUGCAUUUUCAGUUUAGGAAUUACAGGUUUGCAGUCUUUUACUAUUAGUAAUAGCUUGAGUCCUUUGGGAAAUGAGAAUUAUUCAUGUAUAUCACUGAGCCCUGCCCCAUUAUUUAAAGAAAAGGUUGCUUAUUUUUCUUGGUUU